GGGGGUAGGCUCAGGUCGGCGCUACGACCGCAGUUGCCGCUGCCCGCGAGGGCUAGGGGAGGGCAGGGACGCGCAGCCUCGGGGCGGGCGUGGGGCCGGAGGAAAGGGUGUCGGGGCCACACACGCACCCUCGCUGCAGUCCAGCUCCGCCCGGAGCCCGCACGCCGGGAGCGCACGGAGCCGGGACCGCCAGCCCAGACGCCCGCCCGCCAGCCCGCCCACGGGCCGGGGCCAAAGCCAGGGAGCCGGCUAGGGGAGGAGGCCCAGGGGGGCGGGGUGGGGGGCGGGGGUGGGUGCCGCCGCUGCCGCGGAGCUGCUACUCGGCGCGUUUUGCAUGAAGAUGGCGGCUCCCACCGCCAGCAAGGCAGCCUCCCUGGGCUGUAACAACAAGCCUGCGUUCCCGGAGCUGGAUUUCAGGUCGGGAGCUCGGGUGGAGGAAUUGAACAAACUCAUCCAAGAAUUUACGAAGCACGACCAGCGGGAAUACGACGACCAGAGAGCGCUGGAGAUUCACACAGCCAAGGAUUUCAUCUUUUCCAUGCUGGGAAUGGUGCAAAAGCUGGACCAAAAACUUCCAGUGGCUAAUGAGUACCUGUUGCUCUCUGGAGGAGUCCGAGAAGGUGUUGUUGACCUGGACUUGGAUGAGCUUAAUGUCUAUGCCCGGGGGACUGACUAUGAUAUGGACUUCACCCUUUUGGUACCAGCCCUCAAGCUGCAUGACCGUAAUCAGCCUGUGACGCUUGAUAUGCGCCAUUCAGCCUUGUGCCACUCCUGGCUGAGCCUUCGGCUCUUUGAUGAGGGGACAAUCAGUAAAUGGAAAGACUGCUGCACCAUUGUAGAUCACAUCAAUGGUGCCACCAACUACUUCUUCUCUCCUACCAAAGUGGCCGACUGGUUCUAUGAUUCCAUCAGCAUCGUCUUGUCAGAGAUACAGAAGAAACCCCAGCGAGGGAUGCCAAAGGUGGAAAAGGUAGAAAAAAAUGGGACCAUCAUCUCCAUCAUUCUGGGUGUAGGGAGCAGUCGUAUGUUAUACGAUAUCGUCCCAGUGGUAUCUUUCAAAGGUUGGCCUGCAGUGGCCCAGAGCUGGCUCAUGGAGAACCACUUUUGGGAUGGGAAGAUUACUGAGGAAGAAGUCAUCAGUGGGUUUUACUUGGUGCCUGCUUGCUCCUACAAGGGUAAGAAGGACAAUGAAUGGCGGCUGUCCUUUGCCAGGAGCGAGGUACAGUUGAAGAAGUGCAUCUCUAGCAGCCUCAUGCAAGCCUACCAGGCCUGCAAAGCCAUUAUUAUUAAACUGCUGUCCCGGCCCAAGGCUAUUAGCCCCUAUCACCUACGGAGCAUGAUGCUCUGGGCCUGUGACAGACUUCCAGCCAACUACUUGGCUCAAGAAGACUAUGCAGCCCACUUUUUGUUGGGCCUCAUUGAUGAUCUGCAACACUGUCUGGUCAACAAGAUGUGCCCCAAUUAUUUCAUCCCUCAGUGCAACAUGCUGGAACAUCUGUCAGAGGAGACAGUCAUGCUCCACGCCCGGAAGCUUUCCUCUGUACGCUCAGACCCGGCAGAGCACUUGCGCACUGCCAUUGAGCACGUCAAGGCAGCCAACCGGCUGACACUGGAGCUCCAGAGGAGAGGUAGCACCACCAGCAUCCCUUCCCCGCAGUCUGACGGAGGGGACCCCAACCAACCUGAUGACCGUUUGGCCAAAAAACUGCAGCAGCUAGUGACUGAGAACCCGGGGAAGUCAAUCUCUGUUUUUAUCAACCCUGAUGAUGUCACAAGGCCCCACUUCAGGAUUGAUGACAAAUUUUUUUGAGUGUUUUGCUGACUCCCCCCACCCCCGAUUCUUAAACUCUCAUAAUGUGUAGUGUGGUUUGUGAUGCUGUCUUUCUGUUUUUUACAUAUCCAGCCUAGAUUGGAUUUGUUAAGAACAAAUUUUAAGUUUCCUGGUUCUGCAGGAUGGUGCAGGCUCUGAAACAGUAUAUUACUAUUUCAUAUUCUGCCUCUGAUUUUGUUGUUGUUUACUUUUUGUAGUUAUUGUCACUCAGUUUUAUUUGUUGGUUUUGUUUUUUAAAGGAGAACUUGAGCCAUAGAUGAAAAUGCCCAUGAGUCCUCUUGCUUUUUUCUGUUUCAUAUAUGGUGCAAAUUUGUUAAUGGGUAUGGGGAAGUAAAUCUCUUUCUGAUACUUAAGGAUUCUAUUAUUAUUUUGUUUUGUUUUUUAUCCUUGUUUUUUUUUAAUGAGCUUUCACUACUACUGAUAUUUACAAAUCAUACAUACCUGGGAACUACCUGGCAUGUUAGCUGGAUUUAUUUCUUUUAGGCAGCGGCCAGAGCAGUUUUCCCUUUUUUUCUACCAACAAUGUUAACUUUGAAAGUGGUGAUGCUACAAACUGUGUCUUCGAGCAACUUCACUGAAUGUAAUUGUCCUCAAAUCAGAGAACACUGGGUGGUUUGGAGGGUGUGUUUGACGGUUUUUCAAACAGAAUUAGGUUUCCAAAUGUUAGUUUUAGCAUAUGUAAUUAUUUGAAGCCUUAUUUAAAUCCUAUUAAAGAACAUACCACUGUAAUUAUUAUUUGCACUAAUGAAAUCUUUGCCAUUGUCAGAAUUGCAAAGUGUGUUUCAAUAUAAAUUUACAUCCACUCUUGAAAUGCUAUUAUUAGCCCAUUUCUCUCAAUUCGUGGAAUGAUUCUGUGCAUUUGUUCAGUUCUCCUUUAAUUGUGAGGUCCUGUUUUGCCUUCUGUGAUAUUCCUGGUUCCUGUCUUACUGAAGGAAAUUUUUAAAGCUUUAUACAUGUUAACUGAAGCUGGGGAAAAUAUAUACUUGAUAAAGUAGAUGUCUUUGUAUUUAUUCCUUUGGGGUUUUAGAGGUAAGUUUUUUUGUAAAGUCUCUUUACUUCUCCUGAGCGUUUUGAGGAAAACUGGCAGGAUGAAUUUGUAAUUCCCCCAAAAGAAGAUACCAUGUUUGUUUAAAAACAGGUUUUGCUGUAGAUCAGGAACCAGGAAAUAUCUGCGGGUGGCAGCCUUGAUAUAGAGGUGUCCUGUCUUCUUGAAUGAAACUACUUGCCAGGUUUAGGUGCUGCAAGGCAUUGACUCCCUAUUUUGGUAUGGACUUAUGGCAUUGUGGGGUUUAUGGUGUCAUGGGGCCUGCUGAUCUUUCAAAAGACACCCAUGAUAUCUACUAAUGGAAGGGUCAAGCAAUAUUUUGGUUUUGGUCCUGAAUGUCCAGACUCAUAGGUUGGAUUUUGGCCAAUUGAAAUCAGACAUAUGCGGUCUUGGGUUUUUGCAUGGGAAUUAAUGUAAUGCUUAUAAAAGAAAAUGAACUCAUUCAACCAUCUUAAGUCAAACGCAAAAGUAAUAAUAAAAAAGAAACAUACUGGCCUUGAAAUUU